AGAUUCGGUUGCGGUCAACUGUUAUUUGGAUGAUUUCAUAGAGUAAUUUUGGACUUUCCUGAAUACCAGUUCAAUUAUUUUCUUCUUGUUCUUCCACCUCGCUUGUAAAUCCUAUCUUAAUCGCUUCUUUUGUACAACGUUCUCAAUUGCUUCAAUCUUGUACAAGUGUUGCCGAUUCAGACAAAAACAGCAAAACAAUGUCGUCAGCAAUUUUUAUGGCUUCGGUAUUUAGUUUAAUAACUGUUGUUAAAAGUCAAGAUAUCCGAUGUUAUGCCUGCACCACAAUUGACGCAAAUGCAAUGUUAAGUGAAAUAUCUGACCCAAACUGGUUGCGAUGGCUGGAAAAUGUUCGAUACGUGCCUUUCAGUCAAAAAUGUAUCGAUUACUUUGAGGUUGAUCAAGCUCUUCGUGAUGGAGUUCGCAGCAAUGAGUGCUCAAAUGGAGUCUGCAUGAAAAUGAUUUUCCAGGAAAAAAGCGGAAUCAAUCAUGUUUGGAGAAGUUGCAUACCAAAUGCAAAAGAACAAAUCCGAUCAGACUGUACAAAAAUUACUAGUGGAGAAGGAAACCUUGAAGUUUGCACAUGCGAUGGUAAUUUAUGCAACAAUGACGUCAAUUUAAAUCUAAUACUAAUAAUUAUGUUUUCUGCAGCUGUGUUAUUAUUAUGAUGAGUUGUUCAUUAAACCUACAUAUCGGAAUCAAAUCAAACUUAGAUCUCUAUUCUUUUCAUUUUCCAUCGGUUUUAUAUAGAACUUUUGCCGAAGUAUUUUGAUUGCAUACCAAAUAAAUGUUUUUACGUUGUUG